CAGUGUAUGAUGAAAGAGACACGCGCAGUGUACUUGCGACUUCUUCAAUCGGGCAAAACGCACUUACAACAUUAAAGAUCUGUGUUUCUUGUCGGAGAGAUAUGUCACGGGGGAGAUCUGAUUCCGGUGGUUGGUUGAGGGGCUGUUUGGUGGUGUUCGCGGUGGUUUCCGCCUUGGGAGUGUGUGGGCCUGCGCUCUACUGGCGAUUCAAGAACGCCAUCUCUCUUCGCAAUUCCCACAACAAAUUCUCUUGCCCUCCUUGCCUCUGCAACUGCCCUCCUCCACUAUCGCUAUUCCAACUCGCUCCUGGAUUGGCGAAUCUCUCUGUCUCAGAUUGUGGAAGUAAUGACCCGGAUCUAAAGGAGGAGAUGGAGAAGCAGUUUGUGGACCUUCUAAGCGAAGAGCUGAAGUUGCAAGAGUCUGUUACUGAGGCAAACACACGGCACAUGAACAUAACUUUGGCUGAAGCAAGAAGAGUGGCAUCUCAGUAUCAGAGAGAGGCUGACAAAUGUAUUGCUGCAACUGAAACAUGUGAGCAGGCAAGAGAACGAGCUGAGGCCAUACUCAUCAAGGAGAGAAAGAUAACUGCGGUGUGGGAGCGACGUGCUCGUCAAAUGGGUUGGGAAUCAGAAUAACUGCAUAAGUUUUGUUAUUUAUAUUCUUUAUGGCUAUAAUCAUGAUUAUGGUUUUACACAAGAAUACAAGCAAAAUGCUUGGUUUGUCCACCAAUUUAGGUUAAAAUUGAUAUCCUUACUGUGUUUGUAACUGUAUCCCUUAUAUGCUAGUAUCAAACAAAUUUUAUGUCAGAUAAUUAGUCUGUUACCAAGGUUAAAACUCAUGUUCAUCGACUUGAUAAUUUUUAUACCUUAUAUUUAGCUCUAGUUUGAAGUAAA